AUGGCCGGCCCCAUCCGACACCCCAUAAACCAGGCCAACCUGGAAAAGUAUCUCCAACAGCAUGUUCCCGAGAUCAAGAUGCCCCUAGAUAUCAAGCAGUUCGGCUUUGAAGCCCCCGGCAAGCUCCUGUCCAAGGCCGCGCACAAGGUCGAGCGCGAGUACCGCGUCAUGCGCGCCAUUGGCGAGGCCAACGCGACCGGCGCCUCGAGCGCCCGCGUGCCCGUCCCCAAGACCUACUGCCUCUGCGAGGACGACGCCGUGGUCGGUACGCCCUUUUACGUCAUGGAGUUCCUCGACGGCCGAAUCUUUGAGGACUUUAGCAUCCCGAGCGUGGACCCCAAGACGAGGACAGCCAUGUGGGCAGAUGCCGUUCGCACUCUCGCGAACCUCCAUUCCAUCGACCCGGCCGCCAUCGGCCUCGCCUCCUUUGGUAAGAGCACCGACUUCUACACCCGCCAGAUCAAGACGUGGUCCACCAUUUGCGAGGCCCAAGAGGUCGUUCGCGACGUCGACUCCGGCGCCAAGGUCGGUCCCCUGCCCCACAUGCAGGAGCUCGUCUCGUACUUUUCCGACUUGAAGAAGCAGCCCGUCGACAGGGCUACCCUAGUCCACGGCGACUUCAAGAUUGACAACUUGGUGUUUCACAAGACGGAGCCCAGAGUCAUUGGCAUUCUAGACUGGGAAAUGUCCACGAUAGGCCACCCCCUCUCCGAUCUCUCCAACCUCUUGACCGCCUUCACCACCGCUCCGGCCCCGGGCUCCCCGCUCACGGCCGCCGACUCCUCCCUCUCCAACCGCGCCUUCAUUCCCGGCAACACCCCGGGCCUCCCGCCCGCGAGGAGCUCAUCGCCAUGCGGUGAGGUCUCGUGGGGCGCCGCCUUCAACCUCUUCCGCCUCGCUGCCGUCUGCCAAGGCAUCGCCGCCCGCCACGCCGUCAGGCAGGCCAGCUCCGCCAAGGCUGCUGUCCACGCCGCUGAGAGGGGGCCCCUUGCCGAACAGGCGUGGUUCCUCAUCGAGAACAGGGAGAAGGAGGCUGCAGCCCACAAGCCUCGCCUGUAA